UUCACAAAUCACAAGACGUCUCAUUCUCAUCUUUCCUUUUCUCUGUGUCCCUCUUCAGCUAUUGGUUCUCAUAUACUAUAACUUUCAAAACCUAUGGCGACGACGACGAAUAUAAUGGACGACGACGUUUACCUUAUUCUCGCCGAGCAACGCCGUGAACUCACGGCGGCGCAAUUCAUCGAUUCUGAUUUAGAUUUCGCUUACCAACUCCAACUCCAAGAAGCCAUAAACGCUUCCCUAGUUCUCCUCCCUUCCUCUUCCACGUCACAGCCACCGCAACCGCCACAACCCGAAAACGACGCCGUUGCCUCCUCUUCGUUUCCCUCUCUCCAGUCGGAGGAACUCGCGAAACUCGAACAAGAAUUAAACGACCGGAAACAGUCCGAACUUGAAGCGCGCAAAAUAAGGGACGAUCUCAACCGUCGGAUUCACGAUCAGAAACUCGCGCGUGAGAUUGUGCGAAUUCCGGAGGAUGACUGGGGCGAGUGGGGUGAUGAGUUUGAGAAACCUUAUCAGAGUGUUAGUUGUAGCAGUGGUGCUGCUAGUUCUUCUAAAAGUGGUGUUAUUCAUAACGAGGAGAGUGUGUUUAGAAUUUAUUUUAAGGGUUUGAUAAGUGAGGAGACUGUGGAUGGUAAAAUGGUAAAUUUGGGUGGUAUUGGGGUUGCAAUUUGUGAUCCUGAUGAUAAUUUGGUAUUUGAAAUAAGGAAGCCAUUGAUUGGGAAUGGAAUGGGUAAGCAAGCUAUUGAGACUAAAGCUUUGAUUGAAGGGCUUAGUGCUGCUAUUGCGUUGGAGCUUAAAAGGGUCGUCAUUCAUUGUCAUUAUCAUCCGCUUUAUCAGUUUAUUAUUGGUAGAUGGCCAGCAAAGCAGCGCAAGGUUGCAGCCUUAGUCAAUCAAGUGUCCCUUCUCCGAAAGGAAUUCACAAUGUGCAGAACCAUACUUGUGCCGCAUAAUGAUAUUAAGUAUGCAUUUAAACUUGCAAAAGAUGCAAUAGUUUCUCAGGUCACAAGGCCAGCAGAACCUAGCCAUGGCAAGACUUUUCAGGAAACUUGUGUUAUUUGUUUAGAAGAUACAGAUGCUGAACGCAUAUUUUCAGUUGAUGAAUGCCAGCAUAGAUACUGUUUUCCUUGUAUGAAACAACAUGUGGAGGUGAAGUUGCUUCAUGGAAUGGUGCCUAAAUGUCCUCAUGACGCCUGUAAAUCAGAGCUCACUGUUGACAGCUGUAGCAAAUUUUUGACAUCCAAAUUAAUUGAGAUGAUGAUCCGACGAAUAAAAGAAGCUUCGAUUCCUGUGUCAGAGAAGAUUUACUGCCCAUAUCCCAAGUGCUCUGUAUUAAUGUCGAGAAGUGAGGUGUCUGAUGGUUCUGAACGUUCCAGUGCUAGGAAAUGCUUGAAAUGUCAUGGCCUUUUCUGUAUUGACUGCAAGGUCCCCUGGCAUAGCAAUAUGACUUGUAUUGAUUACAAAAUAUUGAAUCCUAACCCACCUGCAGAAGAGUUGAAAUUAAAGUCUCUUGCUACAAGAAACCUAUGGCGACAGUGCGUGAAAUGUAACCAUAUGAUUGAACUUGCUGAAGGCUGUUAUCACAUGACUUGCAGAUGUGGAUAUGAGUUUUGCUACAACUGUGGAGCUGAGUGGAAGGGCAAAAAGCCAACAUGUUCUUGCCCAAUCUGGGAUGAGGAUUACAUAUUAGGUAAUAGGUUAGGCUCUGAUGAUGAAGAAGAAGAUUUUGAAUUUGAUGAUGACGAUGACGAUGAGGAUUUCUAUGUUCAUGAUUAUCAUGACUAUGCUGAUGGUUUCUUUUAACAAAUGCAAAACAUAUUCUCCUUGGCGGUAUUCUAUUUUUCUUUUAGCAAUAUUGAUUUUGUGUAUAUUGUUUCAGUAUAGUUAACUUCAUAAUACUUAAAUGGAUUGCAGAUUUUGAUAAAAAUAUGUAUAUAUACACAUGGCAUCAGAAUUAAUCUAUUGAAUUUCAAUGUCA